ACCGUGAUGGAACGACCGUUUUCGCCGCCGCUAUUCCCAGUCAAGUGCUGCCGGUUUUAUCUGCGCUUGUAACUCACCUUCUCCUUCGUCUUGCUUCUCGUUCCUUCGUUCUCGUUUGCGGUGCAGCACAUAAAUCUGCGAGGGUCGGAAGUGUGGUGUGCGUGAAUCUGUACGCAAGGGGGUGAACUAGUAAUAGGGCAUAAUAACGAUUUUUUUGCUCGGUCGGGAAAGGUUACACAUCCUUCUUCCUCUGGUUUCGCGCCUCGUCGGGAAGACCCGCGCGAAUACAACGGUGUUGUGUGACACACGGUGCGAAUUUAAUUACUGAUAAUCCCUUCCGGUCGCAAUUGUUCUGUGACAGAGCCGCCGAGCGGACUGGCUUUUCUGAUCCUGUUGGAAAGAUUUACCGUAGGUGUCGUGAACAAGUUCCAAUUGGAACAAUUGAUAACUGGAAAAAGUUAGUGAAUAACAAGUGUUAUACAUUCACGGUAUCGAAGAGUUUGUAAUCGUUUGACGGUGCAAUGCUGUAAAAUGGCUACAAUAAUGUCUCACAAUCUGCCGUUGAUUCCGCUGCCUCUUAAGGCGACAACGGCGGCAGCUUUGGCAAAAACCACAGCCGGGCUCAUGAUGUCCGGUUUGCUAGGGAAACACACGGGUGAAGAUGUUUACGCAAAUGGAACACUUGGGAUGCCGACGGAUCGCAGUAGCCCAGAUGUAGCCAGCAGUGAGGCUCGAUCAAGUCCAGAAUCUUUGAUGAUGGCACAGCAGAAGGAUCGCGAAGAUGAUCAAAUGAGUUGCUGUAGUGACGAUAGUGAGCUAUCAGUUGGACAGGAAGGACUAGAAGGAAGUGACAAAACCAUGAAUAGUGAAGAGAAACUGAGUGUAAUUAGUGCAAAUUCAAGGAUGGGCACCAUGGACGUUGAAAGGCUCAUAGAUAGGCAUAAUGUUGAGAUGGGGGAUGAAAUGAGUAAUGAUUCAUCACGAUAUUCAAGUUCCAAGGAUCCGUCGGAAGAUUUCAUGAAGAUACCUGUGAUGCGACCGAGUCCGACGCGAUUGCACGAAGAGUUCCUAAGAAAUUCGCAACUCUAUGCCGAAGAGCUAAUGAGGCAACAAAUGCAAAUCGUUGCGGCGGCAAGGGGUAUCAAUCUGAGUCCGAAACCUCUCGAUGGAGGACUAGGGUUAGUUGCCCGAAUGCAAGACAAUCGAAGUCCCGGUAGAGCUACGCUAACCGAUGAACAAAAAAUUGGCUUUCGGCCGCAUAUACGAGGUGUCGGUGAAAUUUAUCACGAUCGGCACCGAUGGUCUGAUGAAAGAAGUGUCCAAUCACCUCCAGAGUCAUCUUCUUUUCGCGGAAUCCAUUCGCAUUUGAGCGCCAUCUCUCAAAUAACCCAAAAUCUCAAUAGCGACAUAAGCAAGCUGACGUCCCCAUCAAGCCUAGCCAGUAUGACCUCCCGGGAGAACUCACAAUCACCACCGCAACAUCCCGCUCAUCUGCUACAAAUGAACAACAACAUCGCCCUCAAUGAUCAAAACCUAAAAUUUAGUAUAGACAACAUUCUGAAGGCUGAUUUUGGCCGACGGAUCACCGAUCCGCUGAAACGUAGUGGCAAAAAUUUUGCGAAAAAGCCGUCGGCUUUAGGUGAAAAACCUACCGCGAUGGAUCUGACGGCAAUCAUCGCGAAUGGUAGUGCAAGUAACAGUGCCAGUAGCAGUGUUGCCAGCCGGAGCCUAAGUUCAAGUGCAAGUGGAAGUGAAUUGGAAGUGCCCACGUCUCCGUCGUCCACCGGCGGCAAGACAACCGCGGAAGCGAGCAACACUGGUGGCAGCAGUAGUGGAAGCGGUGGCAGCAGUUCGUCAUCAUCCGGAGGUCCGAUGGUGUGGCCCGCUUGGGUCUACUGCACCCGAUACAGCGAUCGUCCUAGUUCAGGUGAGUUGUUGACCAGCAUUCGACUGACAUUCCUGUCGACUGAUGGUCAGCUUUUGAUUCUGCGAAUUGAAAAUGAAUCCAGAACCUGCGGACAAUGA